AUGAAAUUUGUCGUUGCCUCCUUCCUCUUUGUGGCCACUGUCAUUGCUCUGCCUCAAAAUGAAGUUGGAAACGUUUGUGCAAGCAAUCAGACCGUGGUGUGUCAAGGACAAGGAAACGGUGGUCUGAUCACUCUAGGCAACGUUCUGCCUGGGGCAUUAGGUGAAAACUGCGCUGGUGGUGACGUCUACUGCUGCUCUCAUGACGACGUUGAACAGGUAGCCCGACAGUAUGGCCUUGUGAACAUAGACGUUAAUGCUCAGUGCACUCUCAAUCGUGUCCUUUAA